CACGAAAGUUGGACUUGGAACAGAAGAUGUGAUUAUGGAUCCGUCAAUUAGUCAACCCACUAGAAAUUUAAUAAAACAAAAGGAAGAAGAAGGAAAGAACAAGAAGAAAAGAACACACACCCUUUUUAUGUUCUCUUCAUUUCACAACCUUAGUCAGAUCCAAAGUCUGAAACCAUUUUUUCUUCUCUUUUUCAUGAUGGUAUCAAAAGGCACGUAGGAACAGAAACAACACCUACAAGUCUAAAACAAAAACCAGACCAUGAUACCCUUUUGAGUUUUGAGUUUUAUUUACCUUUCACAGUUACAAAACCACUUGGUUUCUCUGACUUUUCAUCAGUCAUUUGUGGUUGCACUUCACGUGUUUGUUUAAAUGCCUCUUCUGCUUUUCCUUCCAUUUUUUGCAACUUGGUGGUGCAAAAUUGUCAAAGAAGACUGAAGAGUACCUUUUGUCCUACUAGUCCUUAUUGCCUUGUUUUCAGAGUCAGAACUAAAAGCUUAGAGUGUCCAAUUCAAUCUACGUUCCCUUCUUCUCAAGGUUGUCCUAGUGUCCAACCAUUUUCAAUCCUUUAUUUCCUCUGGGUCUAUCCCCUCAUUCAAUUCUGCUUCCUGUGUGCAAAACCAGGAUUCAUCAGAUUCCAAUGGAUAAGCUUUGGUUUUUGGGGUUGGUCAAUCCUUAGGUACACAAUCUAAUAUUUGUUUAUUCUUAUUCUGUGUGACUGUUCAUAUCGUGUGUAAUCAAAGUAAGAAAAACAAUAUUCACCUUCAAAGUUUUCCUCUAGUUUUACCAUUUGUUAGUGUGUGUGUGUCCCUUUUACCAAAUUCUAUUUCGCAACUUCCCAGAAUUUUGUUCCUUGUAAAUCUCAUACCACACAAUAGGAAAUUGGCUUAUUUUGAGUAAAUGAUGAGAAAUCAUUGGUCUUUCUUUCAAAUUAUGGGUACCUUGGUGUUAUUGGUUAUCAUGCUUUUGUGUGAAGUGUGUUUAGGAGGUGUCCAAUUUGUUGGUAAGGUGUAUCCAGGAUCCAUCAAAGGUGCUCAAAUGAACUGGGUUGAUAAGGAUGGCAAGUUCCUUGCAUCAAGCAGUGGGAAAUUCACCUUUGGAUUUGACACCACUGCUGAUGAUAAUACAAAGUUCCUAGUAGUGAUUGUUCAUGUGAAUAGCAACACUCUGAUCUGGACUGCGAAUCGAGCAGUCCCUGUUGUAAAUACUGACGAAUUUGAGUUUGAUGAAGAGGGAAAUGUCGUCUUGAAUAAGGGUGAAACAGUUGUGUGGUCUACAAACACAAGUGGCAAGGGGGUUUCUUCAAUGGAAUUGCAAGACAAUGGAAAUUUGGUGUUGCUUGGAAAGGAUAAUACAACAAUUAUAUGGCAGAGUUUCAAUUAUCCAACAAAUACAUUGUUGCAAGGACAGAACUUCACAGAGGGAAUGAAACUAAUCAGUGAUCCUAGCCCCAACAACUUGACCUAUUCUCUUGAGUUCAAUUCAGGAGAUGUCAAACUCUAUGCUGGUUUCAAGACUCCUCAGCCUUAUUGGUCUACGCAGAGUGAUAAUCGCAUGAUCAUCAAUCAAAAUGGCGGUGUGGUGGCUUUGGCAACGCUUGCCGAAAAGUCGUGGAGGUUCUAUGACAAGACCAGGGCUCUUUUGCGGCAAUUCAUUUUUGUUAAUCUUUCAGGUAAUAAUGGCACUUGGGUUGCUGUCUUGGGUUCAAAUGGGUUAAUCACUUUCUUUGAUCUUGAAGCUGGAGGAUCGAAUUCGCCUUCCCAGGCGACAAUACCACAAGGAUCUUGCAAUACGCCUGAAACUUGUGAUCCAUAUAGCAUCUGCACAGGGAACAAUAAGUGUAACUGCCCUUCUGUUCUGCCUUGCAAGCCAGGUUUCGACUCUGCCUGCAGCGAUAAAUCCAUCACUUUGAUGAAAGGUGAUGAUGGACUCAAUUACGUUGCGCUCCAAUUUCUUAAGCCGUUUUCGAAGACCAAUUUGGAAGGUUGCCAAAAAUCUUGCAACGGAAAUUGCUCAUGCCUUGCCAUGUUCUUCCACCUUAGUUCAGGAAACUGUUUCCUAUUGGAUGACAUAGGUAGUUUUCAGAAACCUGGCACUGAUUCUGGUUAUGUUUCUUACAUCAAAAUCUCUAGUGAUGGAAGAGGUAGUAGCAAUGGGGGUAGCGGAGGUGGAAGUAGCAAUAAGCACACUAUAGUCACAGUGAUCAUUGUCAUAGUAACACUGCUUGUGAUUUCUUGCUUGAUCUUUGUGGGAAUUAGGUGCUACCGGAGGAAGCCAAAUGUACCCGAGUCACAAGAGGAGAAUUCGGAAGAGGACAACUUCUUGGAGAAUCUAACAGGUAUGCCAAUCCGUUACAGCUACAAGGAUCUAGAAGCUGCUACAAAUCACUUCUCUGUAAAGCUUGGACAAGGUGGUUUCGGCUCGGUUUACAAAGGAGUGCUACCAGAUCGGACUCAAGUAGCAGUGAAGCAGUUGGAAGGUAUUGGCCAAGGGAAAAAAGAGUUUAGAGCUGAAGUAAGCAUCAUUGGAAGCAUCCAUCACUUGCACUUGGUUAAGCUCAGAGGAUUCUGUGUUGAAGGUACUCACAGGCUUCUUGCUUAUGAGUACAUGGCCAAUGGAUCAUUGGACAAAUGGAUAUUCAAGAAGAACAAUGGUGAGUUUCGGUUGGAUUGGGAUACAAGGUUCAACAUAGCGCUCGGCACAGCAAAAGGUCUCGCUUACCUUCACGAAGAUUGCGACUCAAAGAUCAUCCAUUGUGACAUCAAGCCGGAAAAUGUGCUUCUAGAUUAUCAUUUCAUGGCGAAAGUAUCCGAUUUUGGCCUGGCUAAGCUUAUGAACCGAGAACAAAGCCAUGUCUUCACAACACUAAGAGGAACUCGAGGGUACCUCGCCCCCGAGUGGAUAACAAACUACGCCAUAUCAGAGAAGAGUGAUGUUUACAGCUACGGAAUGGUGCUUCUAGAGAUCAUCGCCGGAAGGAAGAACUAUGAUCCAUCUGAAACCUCAGAGAAAUCACAUUUCCCAAGCUACGCCAUGAAGAUGAUGGAAGAAGGGAAACUGAGGGAAAUCCUUGACUCAGAGUUGAAAGAAGAUGUAAAUGAUGAAAGGGUUCAUAUAGCUAUAAAAGUUGCAUUGUGGUGCAUACAAGAAGACAUGGCAAUGAGGCCUUCAAUGACCAAAGUAGUGCAAAUGCUGGAAGGUCUUUGCACUGUUCCUAAGCCACCAACAAGUUCUGCUAACCUGGGUUCUCGCCUUUUCACCAAUGUCUUCAGUCUCAGUGAAGGAGCCACAACUUCUUCAGGUCCAUCAGAUUGUAACAGUGAUGCAUAUCUCUCUGCUGUUCGUCUUUCAGGACCAAGAUAACACUGCCUCUACCAUGUUAUUUCUACUUGUUUUGUUUCCUAUACUGAACGGAUCCAAUGUUAAAAUUCCCUAUUAUUGAAUAGAGUGUACAUAGAAUUGAUCAUACACUCUAUUCAAUGACAGAGGAAUAUGUUUCAGUUUUGUAUACGAGACAAUAGUAAAUACAAAUAGCAAAUCUCUUUCUUUCGUUGUUGUAAUGUUGAGGUAAAGUUGGUAUUAAUGCAGUUUUCUUUUUUAGGAUUAGUUAUUGGUAGGUAUAUAGAGCUUUCAUGUACCCUGCCUCUUGUAAAUUUUGUAAUGUGAAUGGAAUCCCUGCUCUAUGAUCAA